CGAGUCUUGCGGCAAAAAAAGAUGACUUAAAGAUCUUUUGGAGCUAGUCUUGCGGCAGUUUUAGACUCUUUAUUUAUCAGUUAUAACACACUAUUCCGAUUUGAUUUCUGACUCAACUCGCCCGAGUCACGCCGUUCUUUCAUCGCCCCAAGCAUCUCUUCUUAAUCACAACAACAAUUUCUUGUUCCCAAACCCUCUCCCUCCCCAAUUCUCCACCAAAACCUCCGCCACCGCCCGCCGCCUAACACACCCUCUCUCCGCCCGGCUAUGGACGCGCAACCGCCGGAAUCCGCCGCGCCGGCAGCCUCGACCGAGGACUUCGUCCACGUCGCGGAUCUGAAGAUGGAGAGCCUCUCUGAGAGCAUCGUUCGAAUCGACGAGCCUUCCGAAGCCGACGCCGCCGCUUCCUCCGCUCCGGCGGAAUCCGAUCGCCGUCCGGCCACGCUCCCGCCGGAACUCUCAAGAAACGUGAGAGUCCUGUCGUGCGAGUCCUCCGCCGAAGGCGGCGUCUGCGACGUUUACUUGGUCGGCACCGCUCAUGUCUCCGAGGAAUCGAGCAGAGAAGUUCAAGCUAUAGUGAAUUUUCUGAAACCUCAGGUUGUCUUCUUGGAAUUGUGUUCAAGUCGAGUGGCAGUGCUUACCCUUCAAAAUCUUAAGGUACCCACUAUGGGAGAAAUGGUUACCAUGUUAAAGAAAAAACAUAACAUGUUUGAAGUACUUUAUGGCUGGUUCCUUGCCAAGAUUGCUAGUAAGCUUGAGGUCUUUCCUGGCUCUGAGUUUCGUGUGGCCUAUGAAGAAGCCAUCAAGUAUGGUGGCAGAGUGAUACUUGGUGAUCGUCCUGUACAGAUAACAUUAAGGAGAACAUGGAGUAAGAUGCCCCUUUGGCAUAAGACAAAAUUUUUAUACUCUUUACUUUUCCAAGCAGUUUUUUUAUCCAACGCUGAUGAUCUUAAUAAGAUGCUGAAUGAAAUGGAUGACAGUGACAUGCUAACACUUGUUAUUCAAGAAAUGAGUAAGGAGUUUCCAACUUUAAUGGAGACUCUUGUGCAUGAACGGGAUCAAUACAUGUCCUCCACAUUAUUAAAAGUGGCGAGUGAGAAUAGCUCAGUUGUUGCUGUUGUUGGAAAGGGCCAUCUACAGGGAAUAAAGAAGCAUUGGAAGCAACCUGUGGUGAUGAAGGAUCUAAUGACAGUUCCAUCUCCUAAACCAGUUGUCUCUGCAACAAGAAUCGUUACAUCUGUUGGUGCUGCCGUGGCCGGGGUGUCCAUUAUAUCGGGCAUCUAUCUUUCAUGCAAGAAAUAACUUUCCUAGGAGAGAUGCUGUCAUCCACAGGAACGUUGAUGUAGGAAUUGAAGCAUUUAACAGUUGAUUCAAUCAUCAACAAAGUUGAUGCAUAAAUCAUUGCUGCAAUUUUUUUAAAAUCUUUCCAUGGAAAUAAUUAGAAUUCCUUACUCUUAGGCAUCGAUCAAUUUUUAGAAUAAAAACAAUAGUGGUCCCAAAAAACAUUACGAAGAAUACAAACAGAAAAAUAGAUGGAUACCAAGCAAGCAUUAAAUCCUUUUUGACUAGCAAGAAUAGAAAGUAAAAGGCACAGAUUUGAGAGAA